AUGCAAGGGGAACAUUCCAGAGCUAGAACCCCUGAAAGACCAAUUAGAACAGUCGGCAACUGUAUCCGAGAUAUAGGGCUCGCUCAAAAUCACCGGAAAGUUUCAAGGGCUGGGAUAUCAAGCAAGGAGCUAUAA